UCCCUCGGCCAUCACAAGGAAGUUGAUCCGUGGAUGCAGCGGCCGCCUCCUCCUCGGCCCUCGGUCCUCCCCGCGAACAGCGCUCACAUCCCGGCGCGCGUCCUCUCACCGGCCCGCUGACCGUCCACCCGUCGCCAUGGCGAUGUCCACGUUCCAGAAGGUGACCCUCGCGACGUGUCUCGCGCUGUGCGUCGCGCUGCUGCUUCCCAAAAUGCUGCUGUCGCGAGGGAGGAAGGAUGCUGCGGAGCGGCCGGAGGGUUCAGGCCGCCAACCUCCCAUGAUGCACCCUCAGAUGGCCCCAGAGGGCCGUGGUCAGAAGGCUGCGAGCGCCGGCUACUCCAGAGCCCACAGCCCAGAGGCCUCAGCCAAGGCCAAGGGAACAGGAAUAGGAACCGGAGGCAAAUCCAACCUGGCGGGACAGAUCAUCCCUGUGUACGGCUUCGGGAUCUUAUUCUACAUCCUCUACAUACUGUUCAAGAUCACAUCCAAAGGCAACAACAAGCCAACAGAGAGCAGGUUUCCUUCAGUCCGCUCAGAGAACAAGAAGAGGAAGAUCACCGACUUUGAACUGUCUCAGCUGCAGGAGAAACUGAGGGAAACAGAGCUGGUGAUGGAGAACAUUGUCUCCAGCGCCCAAGACAGCCCCGGCAGGGUGAAGGGUGUGAUGGCAGAUCAGGAGAAGAGUCUCCUGCAGCAGCUGACUGAGAUAACUCGGGUGAUGCAGGAGGGACAGCUGAUGGAGGGCAUGACUCCAGAGAAGAAACCCCAAGACAACUGGGAAGAUUACCCUGAGGAGCCUCAGCAUCAGAACUGGGAACAUUCUCCCUGCUGUUGUCAGCACAGUGAGCAGCACCACAGUCCACACACAGAGACAGAGGCCGACAGGACCGAAGCUGCUGAGGGUGACUUGCUGGAAAAUGUUCCUGCUGAGGACGUUGCAGGCGGAGCGGAGGCCGAGGAAGCAGAGGACGUGACCACAGACGCUGUGAGAGAAUCUGAUUUAACUGCAGGAAGUGAGGAGGAUGCCGGGCUACAGAGUGAUUUAGGUGCAAAUGAGAGGGUGGAGCUGCAUCAACACAAGGAGCCAGGGGGUCAAAUUGAUCUGGGCGUCCCAGAGAAGGAGCUGGCCGGAGUCCUAAAGGAACUGGACCUCACGCUGCAGAUGACGACCAUGAUGGAGCAGGAGAAGGUGGAGGACCUCACCCAGCCUGUGGAGACUGAACCUGCCCAGAGUCAGGUCAGACGGAGAAACAAGAGGAGGAGUGCAAAGAAGGCUGCACACUGACUCGAACAUGACGCACACGAACUUGAGCCUGGGGCUGGUGUAUGUGAGGAGAACCUCUUUUUUAUUAUUUAUCUGUUGUCAUGAGAUGGACGGUAAUGUGAAGGUUGGGGAUAGUUGUUUCUUUAUUAAAGUGAGUAUAGGAGAAAUAUGUGGACAGUUUUUUAUCAAUAAUAUCCAAUUUAUCUAUUGGAUACAAAAGAAAACAUAGUAUAAAUAUACUCAAGAUGAAAAAACAAAGGCCUAGUAUUUCAUUAUCAAAUGUAAAACACCAGUCUCCAUAGUUUUUAAUUGAAUUUACUGGAGAUGCAGAUGGGACUUGAAGUAGUGCUGCAUGUGAACAAACCCAAUGUUUACCUCUGUCAGGAAAGUGAUGAGUUGGUUAUCCAGACAUGAAGUUCAAAAGUUCUGAGAUUUUGAGAAUGUAAUAUUACAAGAAUGAAGUCAAAAUGUAAUGAGAUGUGAAGAUGUAAUGGUACAACAAUAAAGUGGUAAUUUAAUGAGAAUAAAAAUAUGUAAUAUUACGAUAAUAAAAGUCAUUUUUUUUAAUGAUCAGAAAACCAGACAGAAACAGGCCCUCGGAUCCUUUUAGCUGAGAUCAGGGCAGUUUUCUGUAAAAUGUCUAAGUGGCAGAAAUAAAUGCAGCUGAUAAAAACUGGAUCUGCAAUGAAAAUGGUGAUUGAUUUGAUUACAUUACUGUAAUUUACUGAGGGGACUUGUGCCCCCCCCCCCACACUGUUGUCAGCAUGUCUGAAUCAAAUUAAUUAGAAACUUCCUGCAGUGUUCACGUCCCAGGUGGACAUAUUUACUAUAUAUAUUUAUAUUAUUUAUAAAAUAUUCACUUUAACAGCUUCAAUGUGAACAGACACAAAAUAUGCUGCAGUAAUUGUAAGGAAAUGGUUCAAUGCAUGUUUGGCAUUAAGUGUCCCUGCUCUCUUCUAGACAAAGUGUUUGUGAUAAAUAGUUUUUUCUGCACCAAUAACAGUUUAACCUCUUCAGCUUGAAAUUAUUAAAGAUUUUUACUUUUAUAAAACUUAUUUAUUCACUGUUCAGAAAAGCACCCGAGAAGACAUCAGUGAUUUAAAUACUGUGAAUAAAAUGGUUACUCCAGUUA